AUGGGGCGAAACCGGCACGCUGCCAAGGGUGAUGCACCGCGCGUGGCGACGAGUGGCCCUCGGCGCGAACGACAGCGCGUGAGCGAGGCCAAUUUAGCUCAAGCCGAGAGUGAUGCCGAUUGCCUCCGCGCUCGAGAACAGACGCAGAGCUAUUUGCCCGAUGCCCUACCGGUGCCCGUGAGUCAACCAGCGGCUGCCGGGCCGACCGGGCGCAUCGAGAUACGACUGGGCACGACCCUUUCCGUUACACGUCAGCUGCAUGCUGAGCAUCCACAUCUCAAAAUGGCAGCUCUCAACUUUGCCUCAGCCAAGAACCCUGGGGGAGGCUUUUUGCGGGGCGCGUCUGCCCAGGAAGAGAGCCUGUGCCGCCACUCGGGCCUCUUUGUGUGCAUCCGCGAUAACCCUGCCUAUGGCUUGGCACGCCGUGACAACCGUCGUGCACUCUAUCAUGACUUUGUCAUCUAUUCUCCCGCCGUGCCUGUUUACCGCGAUGACGUGACGGGCGCUCUUCUGGACGAGCCCUACCAGGUUGAUUUUCUUACCUGCCCCGCCAUCAACGCUGGCGUGGCCCGCGAGCGUGGCGUGACACCAGAAGAGAUACUCGAAGCUUUGACUCGGCGUAUCGAUGCUGUGCUCUCCGUGGCUGCUACGCAGCAGGUGGAGAUCCUUGUGCUCGGUGCCUUUGGCUGUGGUGUGUUUAAAAACGAUCCCGUCGACGUGGCCAAGGUCUUUGCUGAUCUCCUCCACCAUAAGUACGCCGGUGCUUUCCCUCACGUUGUCUUUGGUAUCCCAUCGGAGCGAAAUACGAGCAACUUGGAUGCUUUUGUGCGCCACUUUCCCCUCGCGUCCUCUGAGGCUGGGCCCAAGGAUGAACCAGUCUCAUGA